UUUUGUUGUAUGUUUUUGAUUUGAAACUGUUUUCGUAAAUUAUAACUUAAAUGCAAUUAAAAUCAUGAUUAUGUUCAUAAUAAGAGUUCAAUGAAUACAUAAAGUGUAUGUCCAUACAUUUAGCCGCCAUGCAAUUCCUGUUUUUUGUGCCAAAUUGAUAUAACACUCAGCAACUUUCUAUUUUGUGAACCCUUGUGAAAAAUUCCUCUAACAUGGAAAAUAAGCACACUGUUGUUGAUAAAUUGCUGUGCAUGGCGUGUCUGUGUGUGGGCAGGACCCUGCAGAAAGUUACGGACGAGAGAAUGAAGCAGUUUUAUUUGGACACCUUAAAUGAAAUUCCACUAUGUGAUGUGCCCCAAGUUUGUCCAAACAUUUGUUGGGAGUGUGAGGCUCUGUUACGGAAAGUGAUUUCUUUCAAGGAACAAGUUAUGGACUCCUACAGAAUUCUCCAAACUUAUACUUAUGAGAACCUGUUUGAAUGCCUGCUAACAGACAUAAGCCGCCCGCCGCGUCUGCUAGUCCGAGUCAACAGCCCUGUCAACAUCACCCCAGACUCGGAGGACAAGCCCAAUGUACAGAAGGACAUGCAGUUCACCGUGUAUGUUAAAGAUGAGGUGAAGAUUGACUGGGAUGAUGAUAGAGAUGACCUAGACAUAACGCCAGCUGAACUAGAGGACCCAGUGGUGGACGAACCAGAGAACAUCAAGACAUUGAAGACUGAGACCGGGAAGAAACGGAAGAAGAAAGUGAAGAAAACUAGUUUGAAGAAAAAAACUAAGAGCCAUAAACAAAAAUCCGACGGCAAGAUAAUAACCAUAGAGCUAUCCUACGAAGAAAUGUUAGCGGAGCGCGAGAAAGAGGCGACCAGAGACAACUAUCUGAAGGCCCAGUACAAAUGUACUACAUGUAUUAUAGGAUAUAAUUAUAUCAAGUCAUAUGAGGCACAUAUGACUAAUAAGCAUUCUUCUUACUUGGGCGAAUACAGCUGUCCGAUAUGUAAAACCGUCAUUUCAUCCGUGGACUCUUUCACCGCGCACUACAAAAGACACAUGCGAAGGUACGAAUGCAGUAUAUGUCACAAACGCACAUUAGACAUGAAAGUGAUGCAGCAACACUAUUACUCCACACAUGAAAUAUCUCUCAAGCAAUACAAAUGCAAUCUCUGCGGGAAAAUAUCCAAUUCCAUAGAUUCUCACCGGUACCACAAGGACACACACAAGGCGCGGGUGCAGUGCCCUGAAUGCGACAAAAACUUCAGCCACAGAGCCGGCCUCAUGAACCAUAGACUUGCAGUGCACGAGCUACAGAACGCGUUUCCUUGCACAGUGUGUGAAAAAGUGUUCAGGUGGAAGGCCAGUUUGAAACGACAUAUGGAGAAACAUCACGUUAAGGACAGGAUGGCUUCAGCGGCCUACUGCGUCGCGUGCGGCAUCAGCUUCUCAUCCGUGUGCUCGUACCAGCGGCACAUGAAGAACAGCCUCAAACAUGUCACGCAGGAACAGCUCAGAUUCAUCUGCGACCACUGCAACAAGCGUUUUGCGGACAAGACGAAACUCCGGGACCAUAUAGAAGAAAAACAUUUACACAAAACCUACCAGUGCCACAUAUGCCAUAAGCCUUCAAAAAAUCGUGUGGGUUUGGAUCAACACAUACGGAACGUGCAUCGCGGCCGACCGAACAAUAAGAUGUGCCACCACUGCGGGAAAGGGUUCCCGACCAAGGUUCAGUUGGAGUCCCACAUAAGAACACACACCGGAGAACGACCGUUCAUUUGCGAAUUCUGUCCGACAACCUUCUCGCAGCAGUCCAACCUGUACAAGCACAACCGACAGGUCCAUCUCAACAUCAAGUCCAAACGCUACCCGCUCUGCAAGAAGCCCAAAACGGAGGAAAUGCACAAACCUCCAAACAUGGAGGAGUUCCGCCCCGUCGCCGUGCUGCACUUCGAGCCCGAGCGAGGGUUUCUAUGAUCUGCCAAUGUGUAGACUAGUAGAUCGCGGGCGAGGAGUAUAUCUCGUCAGUC